UUCUGACAGCAGAAACAAUUUUCUUAUCAAAGGCUGUGGCCCAAGCGAAAAACAAAUUGUAAAAUCCGUGUUUUCCUGCAUGUAAUCGGUUUUUUAAACAAUGCAAAUUUAAAUAAGUUUAGUAAAUUUAGAUACAAUUUGCGAUAGUUUGUAUAGAAGUGUUCAGAAUGCUGUUCAAUCAGUGGAAAUGCUUCCUUUUCCUUGUAUUUGCCUUCGCCGCCACGACCGCCGACAGUUCGCGGGUGCUCGAGCUUAGCGACCGCUUCCUGGACGUCCGGAACGAGGGCCAGUGGUUCGUAAAGUUCUACGCGCCCUGGUGCGCGCACUGCAAAAAGCUGGAACCGGUGUGGGCCCACGUAGCGCAAGCCCUGUACAACACCAACAUCCGGGUGGGCCGGGUCGACUGCACCCGGUUCUCGGCCGUGGCCCAGGCGUUCCGCGUUAGCGCCUACCCCACGAUUAUGUUCAUCAAGGGACCGUACGAUUACGUUUAUACCGGGGACCGCACCAAGGAGGAUUUGCUUCACUUUGUGAACCGGAUGUCGGGACCGCCGGUGCAGCAGGUUACCAGGCCGGACAGUAUCGACAUCCUCAAGGCGAACAACCCGAUCUUCUUCACUUACGUGGGCAAACAGGACGGAAUCUUGUGGGACGUGUUCUACAGUGCUGCGGAGUCGUAUCAACCACACGGAUACUUUUACGCCACGUCGGUGGAGAUUGCCAAGAGACACUUUGGCAUCGAUACCGUGCCGGCGGCGUUGGUUUACAAGGAGCGCAGCCAUUAUUACUUCCCGUACUCGGAUAAUUUUGAUCUGCUCGAGCCAGCUCACCUCAACGAGUCGCUCUUCCGGUGGGUCAACGAGGAGAGGUUCCCGACCUUCCCGAAGGUGACCCGCAGCAACAUUCACCACAUUGUGCAAACGAAAAAGUAUCUCGUCCUGGCCGUGGUCGAGGAGAACAAACUAAGUGAAAUAGCUGCGCACGAGCAGGAGUUCCGCGAUAUGGUGGAGAUCUUUGUGCACAAGAACAAGCAAAAGUACCACGGCCGGUUCCAGUUUGGAUGGGUUGGCACGCCCGAUUUGGCCCACUCGAUUGCGAUGGACACGCUGGCCACGCCACAUCUGAUCGUCCUGAACGCAAGCACCAACGAGCACCACAUUCCGGAGGACGACCCCCUCCAGCUGACCCCGGAAGCGAUCGAGCUGUUCCUGGACAGUAUCCACAAUCAGACCGCACCGACCUUUGGGGGAAAUUCGCUCCCGGUGCGCAUCUACCGGGCCUGGUUCGAGGCAAAGACGUCCCUGUACGACAUGUGGCUCGGCAAUCCGGUGCUGACAUCGGUUCUAUUUGGGCUUCCGCUGGGCUUUCUCUCGUUGAUAAUGUACUCGAUUUGCUGUGCCGACAUUCUGGACGCCGAAGAGGAAGAGGACGAACCGAGGCACGAGAAGAAGGAGUAAGUCGUGUGUGUGUGGCUUCGGAGACGUGAAUCUCUCUCAGGUGAGCAUUCCCCAUUUUUAAGCAACCUUUUCUAGUCAUGUUCACACCCACACACGGUGCGUUGUCCGCGAGUUCUCUUUUAAGGUGUAGUAUUAGGAAGUGUCUGUCUGUACUGUAAUCGGUGUAAAGUGUCCCAAUAUGUAACGAUUUCGAAUUACACUAGCAAGAUUAUUUCCAGUA